CCAUCUUUUACAAUUCAUGGUAUGCAAAACAACAGGAAACCACGCUGUAAUCUAUUGCUACCAUAAAAGCCAAAUCAUUGCCCAACACAUCAAUAUCGUAUCUUGAAAACAACAGCGAUCACGAAGCACAACACCAUGAAGAAACCCCCGACGCUGAACAUUUCCUGGGCGCUCUCUGCUGCGCUUUGCUUCUGGUUCCUCUUCCUCCACGCACCGGUCUUCCUCUUCCGCAAGGAUCACAUCGAACCCCUCCUCUACGCGCACCUAGUGGGGGUGUACGCAGUCUACCUGGCCUGCGUCCACAAUGCGAUCAUCACGCCUUCGCUGUUCGGCGGUGCGGCCAAGCCCUUUCACGUCUGGGGGGGCCGCAUCGGCCUGGUGUUCGGCGUCGUUGGAUUCGUUCUGGGAUUCUACCUGACCUGGUUUGUCUAUGAUCCAAUGGAGGACUCCACCUUUAGCAUCGCCAUCACGAUCGGGGGAUUGUCCCAGAUGCAGGCCGAGUUCUGCGGCUACCGCUCGAUCCAGCGGUACAAGGCCACCAAGCUCCUAAUCGAGCAAGGCGGCUACGACAGCGGCGACGGUGGGACCAGGGAGAAAUUGUUUGCCCUGGAGGACGAGCUGGACAGGCAUCUGACCGACCACGUCAAGUGGAUGCUGAAUCUUUUCGUCAUGGCGUGCGGCAUCCCCGCAAUAAUACGGCUCGCGGAGAUGAUCGGCACUGCCUCUAUCUUCCCGCUCAUUGCAACGACGUAUUGCCUCGGGCUCGGCAUGGAGAGGCCGAUCAGGGCUCGGAUCCAACGAAAGCGUGCCAUGGAGCGGGGCCUGGACUACGGCGAGGAAGCAGAACUGGCGGCAGCGAACAAAUAAUACCAUCCGGUGCGGUGCCCGGUUUUGGGCACAAGCACAGCCGUGCCAUCCAUGCUUUGAAGGAUGGCGCCACACUUGUUGUUAUUUUUGGUUUGUGAAUACAACUGUCGCCUAAAACACACGCAUUGUAACUAUCAAGAAGUCUGUGUUCCCCUCAACAAUAUACGGUUUUUGCUAUUCUGUUCGAAGGUAUUCGUUUCCCUGUCGCGCGAAGGACUCGUGGCACUGUGACACGAUACUGCUACGCCACGACCAACUAUUGUAGAAAUAGCACCUUUGCUUUGAGCGAAGGAAAGCAUGGCGUAAGAACUAUAGUUUUUGUACCAACAUAUCAUAUUAAAAAAACAAACCCCGU